CCUUUCAUGGAUUGGUGUCCUGUGCGGCGGAACAAUGGGACUUGUUCUGCUCCUUCUGCUCAAACAUUAUAUUAAUGAUACGUUGAUGUUGAUCAUAUGGUUGGUCUAGGAGGGGCUGCGAGCCAAUGGAAUGGAAAGCCCCACGGCUCCGAAGCUUGCUCUGUUUCCGCCCAGCGAGACUCUUCCAGCUGUAUUGCAAUGCGUUCGUUUCACAGUCACACCACGAUGCCUGGCAGCAUGUCACCACCACAGAUUUCGACCACAGAGUCGGGGGACUGUUUAUCAUGCUCUCCCACCAGCCCCAGGCGAAGACGAUCGCGACAACGAUUUUGAUCUUCGCUGUUGAUGAUUUUGGAAGCGACAUCUCUAUCACCGAUCAGACUGUCGACAGUCGAAUAUGGUGGAUUUACUUUAUGCUAGGCUGCGCGACCCUCCUCCCUUGGAAUGCAUUGAUUACCGCCACCUCAUUCUUCUUGUCUCGCUUGGUCGGAUCGCCAUUGCGCGAAACGUUUACUUCCUACAUGACCACCAUUUCCACUGUGUUUAAUAUAUUUGCAGUUGCACAUGCCACGGCGACCUCGAAACGGUCGUCACCCUCUCAACGAGUUGUCUGGUCUACCGCAUCAACCACACUCGUCAUCGUUCUCCUGUUUCUCAGCACCUUCGUACACUAUCAACCAUCAACCUUCUUUUUCUUUGCAAUCUUAUGUUCCAUCUUGUUGGCGAUAUUCGUUUCCUAUCUUUCCACAGCCGCCUUCGCUGGAGCCUCGCUCUUCGGGGCUCCCUACAUGCAAUCUGUGAUAUCUGGUCAGGCUGCCAUAGGUGUGGUUGUGAGCGUGGUCCAGGUGGCCACAUCCGCCUUGUCCGUGUGGGGUUCGACAUCGGAAGCGAUUGCCACGUUCAUAUCAAAUGAUGGAGUUGGAGACGGAAAGGCAGAAGAAGAUUCUGCGCGGGCAUUCUUCGGAAUAUCCGCAAUAUUUAUGAUCAGCACGUUCAUCGCCUACGCCUGGAUGGCGCGGUUAUCAGUCUACAUUGACACUGUCGGGAUCUUGGAACAAAACGCCAAGCUUGAUGGAGCCCUGGAUAGUGCCGAUGAAAUGGGGGGGCUCGUAUUUCGCAGUACAGCCCAAGCAAGCCUUGAUGAAAGAAAUCAAAUAUUACGUGUGUUCAAGGCCAACAUCAUCUAUGAAUUUGCUGUUGCCUAUGUCUACGUGGUUACUUUGGCCGUCUUCCCCGUCAUUACAAUUACCAUUCAGCCAACCAACCCCAAUACCCAUCCAUUGCUAUUCUCUGCCAUUCAUUUCUUGAUGUUCAACUUCGGCGACUUCUUUGGACGAUACAUUUGUUCUUUCCCCAGAGUAAUAACGUGGUCCGCCGCACGCAUCCUGGUGUUCUCAAUCGUCCGCACCUUGUUCAUCCCCAUUUUCCUUUUGUGCAAUACAGUCCAGGGACCUUCGCAUGACUCCCCCGUGAUCAGCUCAGACAUUGUUUAUAUGCUCCUAGUAGGCGCUUUGGGCCUGUCAAACGGAUACGUCUCUACCCUCUGCAUGCUAGGCGCCUCCUCUCUAGAGCACAAUCCACGAUUACGAAAACGUCGCGAAGACGUCCCCGUUGCGAGUACUGUGGCUGGUUUCUGUCUUAUCGUGGGUGUUGCAAUCGGAAGUUUUGGAAGUUUCGGGGUGAGAGCUAUUGUUUGCCAAUGCAACCCUUUCGUGAAUUGA